CCUAACCAGACUUAAAGACUCUUCGUCUUUCUUAAAUUUCACUUUAGUUUGGUCGGAAUGAUGGCGACAGAUAAUUUCCAGCGUAUCUCGUCAUUGUCAUCAUCUUUACGGAAACCACAGCCACAAAAUCCACAUCCCGUCGAUUACAUUGGAAGCUUUAUGACACUGGUCUCUAAAUACGGUUUACGAUACCAAGGCUUUCUCUAUCAUCUCAAUCACGAUGAAAAGACUCUAUGUCUUAUAAACGUGAUAUGUUACGGCACGGAGGGCAGGAACCUUAUCGGGUUUCAUAUUCCACCUUCUUAUGAACUUUAUAGUUACAUUGUUUUCACCACAACUCAGAUAAAGGCAAGUAUGUGCGUUAACUUAUGUACGUAUCAUCAAUUUAAUAUUCUUUCUAAUUUGAUGCUUUCUUGGCUAAAUGUAGUAGUUGAUUCUCCAGCGAGCUUAGCACGAGGACUAGGUAGUAAGAUUUAUCGUCCCCCAAAACCACCACUCCCAUAUGUAUACUCGUCAUACAAUCAAGACGGUGCUAAGAUACGCCAAAAAGUUCCAUUAUUAAUUUCCAAUGAAAAGCUCAGCAAAACGGAAGCUAUUUAUGAUUAUGAUGCUUCUUUAAGUAUGGGAUCAGUCAAUGAUGGAUUACAAAUUGCUUGUAAACCUCUUGCUUUACAGCAAUAUCCCGGUUCAAAUUACUAUGAUCCUUGGUUGAACCAUCUUUACCAACCUGUGCCUUGGGCUCCACUAUAUCAAGAUCCUGCAUAUGCUGCACCGUCAUCGAUUGCUUCUCAAAGUUUCUUUACCACUUAUCCAUCUGUUCCAUUUUCUCUUGGGCAGGGUAAUGGAGGGUUUGAUUUUGAAGCAUUGACUGAGAACUUCGAGCCGUACAAGCUAUGGGGUCCUGAAGAAGACAACAAGCAAGAAGAUCAAACUUCUUAUACUGUUGAUGGAUCUUCUUAUCAGAACGAGACAUGGAAUUAUCAAGGAAACAACAAGCAAGAAGAUCAAGGUGCUUAUAGUGAUGAUGGAUCUUCUUAUCUGAACGAGAUUUUGAAUUAUCUAGUAAACAACAAUCAAGAAGAUCAAACUGCUUAUACUAUUGAUGAAUCUUCUUACAUGAACUCGCGCAAGCCGUUUGAUCCUAUCGGGAUACCUUGGAAUCCGUUUGGCCCUAUCGAGCGAUCCUUCUCAUAUCUUCCCUCUAGUCAUGAACUGGCAGAUUUGGGAUUUGUGUAAAAUCUAAAUUUCAAAAAGGAGUGGGUGGCACAUAUCAUUGACAAGUUCAAGUUCAUGUGUGUUUCUUCUGUCUAACUAACUUGCCUUUUGUUACUUAUGAAUUUUCGAAUCUCACUUUUAUUGAAACAUGAAUUAAAAAAAACUCAUUUAAAAUUUAGUGUUAUUGAACUUAACAUUUUUUAAAGUAUUCUGUAAUCCACUGUUAUUGAAAAUAUUUUAAUUUGUGGAAUUUUAAAUUUUUCAAGUGAUUUUAGAGUGUUUGGAUAGAGUUUUUUAUUUAAAAAAAUUAAACUCAAAUCUCAUGGUUUUAGGUGAUAUUCAUGAAUGGUUUAACAAAAAUCAUUUUAUUCUCUGCAAUUCCUUAAAAUCAUCUAAAACCUAAUGAGAAAUCAAAUCACUUCAAAUUUUAGAUUGAAUACACCAUCUAAAAGUCCUUGAAGUUUUUCUACUUCUAUAUUUUGUUUUUAAUUCCCUUUUGGACUUUGACAUAAAUCUGACAAGGUCAACUAUGGUUGACUUAGAUAUUAGUGCAUGGUGAUGUAUGCAUCUUGAAGUUUUCUUUUCAUUAUCAAUGUUGUACAUUACCUUAGACUGGUCAGAGUUAUGUGGAGCAUUAAUAGUAGCUUGUAAGGUUAUGAUUGGUUAAAAUCUUCUUAAUUGCAUGUCAUAAAUUGAUUAGAUAAAGCAAAUAAAAUAUCAUAAUGUAAGACAAAAAUAGGAUAUAUGGCAAUUAUUUUACCAGGACAUAAUCAAAAGAACAGUGGGUAAAGUAGGGAUUAGUAAUCUUGUAACCAGGACAUAUUUUCUUUUGGUUACUGUCUUGUGGUUUUGGAACACACCUACGUUUCCACUGAUCUGAGCAAGAGAGAAGCGAAUAACAGCGGCUGUUCCGAGCACAAACGCAUGGCUUCCUAGUACAUAGCAGUUCCUUUAUGUGUCCCAUCGAAUAUCUUCUUUCUGGGCAGAAGGUUGUGCAAUGUGCAUAGUUUCAAUGAAUUCUGUGCCUUUGUUAGAUUCGGUUCCUUCUGAAUGGAAAAAAUCAAUCGGACGCAAGUACAUAUGUGUAUAAUUCUACAACACACAGUAAAGGUUCAAUCUUUUUGUCAACUAAAUAAGAGAAAAGCUUCGAACAAAAGAAACAAAAUAAGAGUGGGAAAAAGCCAUAAAGGAUAGUGUUCUUAACUUUUUGUUAUUUGAGGCAGCUUCUCAGAGAAAUUUUCUUUGUCAGCUAUAUAUUAAAUAUAUAUAUAUAUAUAUAUAUGAAAAACCUGGAGAAUAAAUUAUAAUAUAAAUGGAUAAUAUUUUUAAAGAUUCUAAGGAAACAGAUUUGAGUAAAAGGGAGGUCGGUGUAAAUUAUUUGGCCUUCAUAAACAGAACAAAAGCAAAGUAUUGAUUAACUUAAAACAUUUUGUAUUUUGUAUUUUUUUUUUUUUAAAAAAGGGAAGUUAAUUUUUUUUAAUCCAUCUAUCGUAUCUUUACUCUCUUACUAUUUAUUUUAUCAAAUAAAUUUUCUGAAAAAAAAAAUCUAACAUCUAUCUAUCUAUACUAUUAUUUACGAAGUAAAUUUUUGGAAUCGAGCUCUCAUAUUAAAAGUUAGAGUGGUUAAUAUCGUUUUUACCAUUAAUGAAUAAAUAAAA